UGUUUCUGUGUGGAGUGUGUCGAUCUGCUCAUGGGGUCCGGAUCCGCACAGGCCGCUAUCCGCGAAGACCCCUGGAACUGCUACAUGUGCUGCAGCAGGAACGACUCGGGCCUCCUGAAGCGCAGAGACGACUGGACCUCACGACUGCAGCUGUUCUUCGCCAACAACCACGACCAGGACUUUGAACCAACAAAGUUGUAUUCACCAAUGUCAGCAGAGAAGAGGCAGCCAAUCAGAGUGCUUUCUUUAUUUGAUGGCAUCGCUACAGGGCUGCUGGUGCUGAAGGAUCUGGGCAUUCAGGUGGAGCGGUAUGUGGCAUCAGAGGUGUGUGAGGACUCCAUCACGGUGGGGAUCGUGCGACACCACGGACAUAUCAUGUAUGUGGGAGACGUCAGGAACAUCACACGCAAGCAUCUUCAGGAGUGGGGGCCGUUUGAUCUCGUGAUCGGUGGAAGCCCCUGUAACGAUCUGUCCAUCGUCAACCCUGCCAGGAAAGGCCUGUUCGAGGGCACCGGGCGUCUGUUCUUUGAGUUCUACCGGCUGCUUCAUGAAGCGCGACCCAAAGAAGGAGAUGAGCGACCGUUCUUCUGGCUGUUUGAAAAUGUCGUCGCCAUGGGAAUCAGUGACAAGAGAGACAUCUCACGCUUUCUGGAGUGUAAUCCAGUAAUGAUCGAUGCUAAGGAGGUGUCUGCUGCACACAGAGCUCGAUAUUUCUGGGGAAACUUACCUGGAAUGAACCGUCCUCUGACUGCCAUGAUGAAUGAUAGACUCGAACUGCAAGACUGUCUGGAAUAUGGACGAACAGCUAAGUUCGGAAAAGUGCGAACCAUCACAACUCGCUCAAACUCAAUAAAACAGGGCAAAGACCAGCACUACCCCGUCUACAUGAACAAUAAAGAGGAUAUCCUGUGGUGCACGGAGAUGGAGAGAGUUUUUGGCUUCCCCGUCCAUUACACAGAUGUGUCCAACAUGAGUCGUCUCGCCAGGCAAAGGCUUCUGGGAAGGUCGUGGAGCGUGCCUGUGAUUCGCCACCUCUUCGCUCCGCUAAAGGAAUACUUUGCCUGUUACUGAAGCUCCGCCCACCACACAUCAUGAUGGCGUCAUGACAUCCCUCCUCUUCCUUUCCUGCAUAUCCAAUAAGUUCCACCUUCUUGUGGUCUUCAUUUUUGCUUGUGGCCUCUGAAUGGCUGGUGCUAUCCUAAUAUUACUAUUCAACCCGCUAGACAGUCACAUUUCAGAUAUUUAUUUGAAAACAUUACUGAGAUUUUUGUCCAGAUUUUAGAUUUUCUUGUAUUUU